AUGCCAACUGAAAUCUCUCAUGCCGUAAGAAUGCAUGCCAUCUCGGACUUCCCUUUGACAGUGCGACUCCUCAACAAGGGGCCAGAGUACCUUCGCAGACAGAUGGAGGCAGGCACCCCAGGCAGGAAAAGUGCUGUGGAAAGACUGGCAGCUGAUAAGGCCAAGUAUGUAAAAAGUCAGCAUGUAAUCAGCACUAAGCAGGAACCCGUCAUCGUGCUCAGCUCAGCCUCAGAGAGCAGCAGUGAGAGCUGUUCAGUGGAAAACAAAAAAAUCAACAGGGACUUUGGUGGAGGGAAAGGCACAAAAAACUUGGAGUCAACUAAAGCAAUGUAUUCCUGCAGUGCUCCCCUGGAACCUGAUCCACCCAUAGCGAGGCGCAGCAGCUCCAAGAGGCAGGUACGGCCAGACUCCCUAGUGAUCUACCGCCAGAAAUGUGAGCUUGUGAAAGGUCAAAGCAAUGAGAGGUCACGAGGAGGCCUGGUGAGGCGGCUGUUCCAGGGGUCCAUGAAGGAGAAGCUGCUGACUUCCCCUGAGAUGCCCAGCGUAAUUGGGGAGGGCCUCACACCAGAAAGUGAAGAGACAGUAUCCACCAAACAUGCCGCCAAUGGGCCAAACAGCCGUGUCGCUGAGCACGCUGCCCCUGCAAACACAGAAGCACCAGCUGUUCCUGAGCAUGAGGGUGAGGACUCCUCACAACUGACUGUUGCACCUGAUGAGGUCAAGGACAUCAGGAGGAAAGGGCUGCAUCGCUCCCAGUCUGAUAUCAGCUCUCGCUAUUCCAAGUCUUUCUCUGAGUUUGACACUUUCUUUAAGUACUGCGGCCUUGAACCCGAGGUCGUCGAGGAUCUGGGCAGAGAGAACUUCUCCGUGAUUUCUGACAACGUCUCCUUCAGGAUCCGCAGCAUCAGCGUGGCAACAUCUGAGAGUGACUUCACGAGGCACAGUGGGGACGAUGGGCUGUUGGAGGAAGAACUGACUGAGCAGGUCCCCAGCACCACUUCAGUGAUUGAGCGCAAUGCUCGGAUAAUCAAAUGGCUGUAUACUUGUAAGAAAGCCAAGGAGACUAACAACAUGCUACGAGAGCUUGCGUGA